UUAAAAUGUCAGAGACCAAAGACCUUUCCUCCAGGACCUCCUCCAUUACCGAUACUGGGGAACCUGUUGAACCUCAGCCUAGACAACCCAAUGAGGGAUUUUGAGAGGCUGAGGAAGUGCUAUGGAAACGUCUACAGUCUAUUCAUCGGACCCAGACCGGCUGUAGUCAUUAAUGGGACUCAGGCCAUGAAGGAGGCCAUGAUAACCAAGGCUGCGGAUUUUGCUGGACGACCCCAAGACAUUUUUGUCAGUGACCUCACCCAGAAAGGAAUGGUUCUGGCAGACUACGGUGCUAGUUGGAAGGAGCAUCGUCGCUUUGCUCUGAUGACCUUGAGGAAUUUUGGUCUGGGGAAGCAGUCCAUGGAGCAGAGGAUUCUGGGAGAGAUGCAGUACACAAUGGAAAAACUGAAAAAGAGCAUUGGUACAACCUUGAGUCCUCAAGUCAUGUUCCAUAAUGCGGCCUCCAACAUCAUCUGCCAGGUUCUGUUUGGUACACGCUAUGACUACGAUGACAACUUCAUCAAAGUGGUUGUUCAGUGCUUUAAAGAAAACUCCAAGAUAGCUAAUGGAGCCUGGGCUAUGCUGUAUGACUCCGUCCCAAUGAUUCGAAACCUGCCGCUGCCCUUCAUGAAGGCAUUUAAGAACAUUGAGGUGAGUGUAUUCAUAGUUCGUCUGAUCACUGAGCACAAAGAGACCAGAGUCCCUGGCCAACCACGGGACUUCCUUGAUUGCUACCUGGAUGAGCUGGAUAAGAGAGGUGAUGAUGGCUCCUCUUUCUGUGAGGAUCGACUCAAUGUUUGUAUGGAUCUUCACUUUGCUGGGACUGACACUACAUCCAACACCCUGCUCACUGGCUUCCUCUACCUCAUGACCCACCCGCAUAUACAAGAGCGAUGUCAGCAGGAGAUAGACCAGGUGUUGGAAAAGAAGGAUCAUGCCAGUUACGAUGACAGACACAACAUGCCUUACACGCAGGCGGUGAUCCAUGAAGUCCAGAGGAUAGCCAACACUGUUCCCCUUAGUGUCUACCACUGCAUAACAAAAGAUACAAAGCUCAUGGGAUAUUUCUUACCCAAGUUUACAUUGAUCAUCCAAAACCUGAACUCGGUGCUGAAUGAGGAAGGACAGUGGAAAUUCCCAAAUGAAUUCAACCCGGAAAACUUCCUGAAUGACCAGGGAGAGUUUGCAAAGCCAGAUGCAUUCAUGCCUUUCUCUGCAGGUCCCCGUGUGUGCCUGGGAGAGGGUCUGGCUCGUAUGGAGCUCUUCCUCAUCAUGGUGACUCUGUUGAGGAAGUUCAAGUUCAUCUGGCCCGAGGAUGCAGGACAACCGGACUAUACCCCCGUCUAUGGAGUCACUCUUUCUCCUAAACCUUACCGCAUGAAGGUCCAACUCAGGGCCACACAGGAGGAAAAGUAAAGAUUGUUCCAGACAAGUGGUCAAUAACAAAUACAGUGAAAAAAUAAUUUACAUUUUACACCUUAAAGAAAGGAACAACAUCUAGUUAAUGGCUCCCCCAAAUGGCAGAAGUGGGUACUGCAUUUAAUAGAAUUCAUGAACAUGAUAAAUAUGGCUCUGGAUGUAAUUGGGUCCUGUAGGUUGGAAAAAAAUAUAUAAUUGUAUUAGUUAGUAAGGGUAAUCAAUGAGACUGGCGUAGUGUUUGUUUUAUCAGACUGAUUGGAUGAACAUAUGUGCUAGGAAGUAUACACUGUAGUUCAAGGAGGUAACUAAACUGUGACAUUUUACAACAUAAUAAUAAAAUAAAGUUAAAAUGCAAAAGGUUUUGUUACAUUUUGUGUGGGUUUGAUUUUACUCACUCAUAUAUGACUAUAUGGCCCAUUGAGUUAGUUUCUAU